CCGUGUUUGCAGAACUGUUAGUUGAGGAUCAUAAAAUCAUUUAAUGUCUUAUGAGAUGCAAGAAUCCCUCAGUUGAAGUGUUUUUUCCAGGAGAAACGAUGAUCCUGAUAUUAAAGUGAGGUGUACUCCAAGAAGAUACAUACUCGCUGAAUAUUUGUGGGGGCCACACUGUCACUGUUUUUGGGAGUACAAACACCAGCAAAGCCCAGAAGCACCCAAAGCUCGUCCUCAUUUGGAGCUAUGCCCUGUCCGUCUUUUCCCUCUUCGCCACACCGUACUCCCCGCUCUGUCUUUUUCAUUGGACUGUUCCUUGUCGUCCAUUGGGGGCCCUCACAGGUCAGUUGCCAGAAUGACACAGAGCCAAUCGUGUUGGAGGGGAAGUGUCUGGUGGUGUGCGACUCCACCCCCUCUGCGGAGCCAUCGGGUAACGCUCUGGGCAUGUCGGUGAGGUCAGGUACUGGACGGGUGGCAUUUUCAGCCAUCCGUAACACCAACCAUGAACCCUCGGAGAUGAGCAACCGCACCAUGACCAUCUACUUUGACCAGAUCUUAGUAAACGUAGGCGGGCAUUUUGAUCCAGCGAGGAGUAUCUUUGUGGCCCCCAGAAAAGGAGUCUACAGUUUCAGCUUCCAUGUGGUCAAAGUUUACAACCGGCAGACAAUACAGGUGAGUUUGGUCCUCAAUGGCUGGCCUGUAAUCUCGGCCUUCGCAGGUGACCAGGACGUGACCAGGGAAGCUGCCACCAACUCUGGGCUAGUGAUGAUGGAGAGAGGGGACAAGGCUUACCUCAAACUGGAGAGAGGGAACCUGAUGGGAGGGUGGAAGUACUCCACUUUCUCUGGGUUUUUGGUGUUCCCCUUGUAGCGUGGGUUGAGGUAGGAUAGGAGAUGAUUUUCCUGUCAUAGCCAUAUAUAUAAGGGUAUAAAAUAAAGAUUGUUUUGGGGCAAGUAUUACUUUAAAGCCCUUGACAUAAAGGAGGAAGCACCGAUGGAUACCGAUUCGUUUCCAUGCUGUCUAAAGUUGGAAGUGACAUUAAACUGCUAUGAUGCAUCAUCAUAUGUAUCAGAUGAAUGGGUGAAUUUAGUUUGCACCAAAUAAUCCUGAAUGUAAUUUCCAUUUCCAUUGCACUUUUAUGGCUUACUGUCUGUCUUCUGACCAAUGUAAUGUGAUGUCUGUGCCUGCUUACACC